AAGCAAUGCCAAUUAAAUGUCGCUCCUCCCAGGCAAUCGGGCUGGGGGACUUCGAGGAGGAUCCCCGGACGCGCGGCAUCUUACACAACACCAGCUGCCGAGCCUUUCGCGAGAGGCUACGCUCCACCCGGAAGUUUUAUUUAUUUCAAGGCCUAGCCAUUGCAACAGGCGGCGUAGCGCUGCUGGGAGUGCUGAUCGUCAUCGGCAUGGACGUGGCAGCAGACGACUCUAACGCUCCUGGGACUAUCAGCCAGAUGAAGGCACUGUUGGACAAAGUGCUAAAGUUACUGGCGGACGGGAUGAGCUUUGGCUUCUCAGCGACGGGCCAGUACUGCAAUCAGCCUCUCGACACAAAGCGUCUUUUUGAGCUGAUAAACAAACAGGUCCUCAACCAGGAGCAGGCGCUCGCCGGCAUGGAGCGUACCCUAAGCCGCGAUCACCAGUUCCAGUCGAUGGCGCUGCUCGGUCCGCCCGGUGUGGGCAAGACGCUGACGGUUUCGGCUCUUCGCCUCUACUUUCCCUGGCCGGAAAACGUGCAUGCCUUAUUCGGGAGCUCGUGCGGUCCGGAUGAGGAGCGUCACUGCCCAGUGAUACGGAAGAUUUUAGAACAGCUGUCCGACUGCGGCAAGAACCUGCUGAUCAUCGACAAUCUCGCCCCGUGCGAUCAUAGCAUUGUGGCCAUCUUCAACCGGCAGAUCCUCAAUGGCUUGCAGAACAAAUCGGUUUUGGUGUUGUAUAUCUUUAAUCUGGAGGUGAAGGACUACUGGCGGCAGUUUGAGUUUCUGCAGAAGGAGCUUCCAGUGGAUACGGGGAUCGUAAGCUUUCGUCUCUUUGGACGCGACGAUCUGCGCGACUGUCUGCAGAACGAGUUAAAGCUGGGGAGUCGAGUGCUGGACGAGGACGAACAAUCGCGCAUCCUUGGCGAAGCAAUGUCCAGGGUUUGUUGCGCCGGAUGCAAGGGGCUCCGUGAAAUCGUCCUCCAGCAGGGCCGAUCAGAGACUGACGAAACAUGCACCAUUUGAUUACAUGUCUAUCCAAAUUCAUUCCUACUUCCAAAUGAAUCAGAAUGUCUAUGUUACCAGUGUUGAAAAAAUUAUGUAAAUACAUACAUGUUUACUGGAA